CCCCUCCCUCGGUGCCCACCGGGUCCGGCCCCGCCGAGCGCCGGCGCUGAGGGCAGACCCCGGUCCCAGGGGCGCUGAAUGUGUCGGGCUGUGGCCGUCCCGCGGGAGCCGUGCCCGUGCCGUGCUGUCAGCGAUGAUUCCCAGUCCCGUCUGUGCCCGGUGUCCCUGAGCUCUGCAGCUGCCCUCUCCCCGGGAAGCGCUGUGUCCCCGGGGGGAUGCAGAGCCACCCAGUGCUUGGCCCAGCAGAGCAGGGUGUGUGGAGCUGCUCUGGUGCCACGGGGCUGUUCCCAGGCGCGGGCUCGCUCUCAGGAGCAGUUCCUCUGCAGGCUGAGCGGCACCGACUGCAGCUGGGGAUGGUUCCGCUGCUACCUGCCGUGAGGCUCAGGUAGGAGCCGGGCCAUGGGGGCUACCCCGGGGCCAGCACCUCCCCGCUGCCCUCCGUAGCCCAACAGCAGCUGGUGGCUACCUUGGCGGGCCACCAUGGACCAGCCCACACGUGUGUCCGGGCCCCGCCGGCUUCUGGGCUGCUUCAGGCGGAAGCCGCAGGCCAUCGGCGGGGAGACACCACCAGAGCCGCAGCCGGAGCCGCAGGAACCCGAGCAGACCCGUGUGGUGCUGCCGCUGGGCGAGGGCCAGCUGCUGGAGGAGUGUCCCCUGUGCCUGCUGCCGCAGCCCCCCGAGGCCUUUCCCAGCCUGGGCUGCUGCUCGCACCGCUCGUGCCGGGCCUGCCUGCAGCAGUACCUGCGCCUGGCCGUCCGCGAGAGCCGCGUGCCCGCGUCCUGCCCGCACUGCCCCGCCGCGCUCCACCCCGCCGACGUGCACCGCCUGCUGCCCGAGCCCGCCCUCCGCGACAAGUAUGAGGAGUUCCUGCUGCGGCGGCUGCUGGUGGCCGAUCCUGGCACCCGCUGGUGCCCUGCCCCUGACUGCAGCUACGCUGUCUUUGCCCACGGCUGUGCCGAAUGUCCCCGCAUCACCUGUGGGCGUGAGGGCUGUGGCACCGAGUUCUGCUACCACUGCCGGCAGCCCUGGCAUCCUGAUGGCCCCUGUGCACCGGCCCCCAGCCUGGCCACCCCCACGGCACAGCUGGCCCAGCAGGAGGAGUUGGGCAAUGCUGAGGCCGAGGACAUCAAGGUCUGUCCUCGCUGCAGUGCCUUCAUCAUGAAGAUCAACGAUGGGAGCUGCAACCGCAUGAACUGCACGGUCUGUGGGUGCCUCUUCUGUUGGCUCUGCCUGCGUGAGAUCUCUGACGUGCACUUUCUGAGCCCCUCUGGCUGCACCUUCUGGGGGAAGAGGCCCUGGUCACGGACCCGGAGGAUCCUGUGGCAGCUGGGCAUGGUGCUGGGAGCGCCCAUGGUCAUCUCCCUUGCUGCGGGUGUUGCUGUCCCCGUCAUUACCAUCGGGAUCCCCAUCUACAUGGGUAGGAAGGUGCUGGGCCAGAGCCGGCGAAGCAGUCUCUCCGGGUGCCAGCAGUGCCUCUCUGUCACCAGCAGUGUCCUCCUCUCUCUCUUCGUGUCCCCUAUCAUAACAGCUCUCACUGUGGGUGUCGGCGUGCCCCUGGUGCUCACCUACGUGUACGGGACCGUGGUGCUGUCGCUGUGCCGGAGCCGCUGGGGCUGCAGGGGCGGCCGCACGCCCGGAGACCUCAGCGUGGUGGAGCUGGACAACCUGGCUAAACUGAACGAGCUGUGGUCAGUGCUGCCCAGCCCCAGAGCAGGUGAGGAUGGAGCUCCAGACCCCGCUGCCUCCCUCCCCAGCAGCAGCCGCAGUGCGCGCCCAGGGCCAGCGUGGCCAGAACAGGACAGCCAGUCAGCCAGCACAGUGGCCCUUGCAGGGAGUAUGCUGAGUGAGGGCCAGGACAUCUCGGACAGGGAAGGUGUUACCAUCGAGGUGGAGGUGUCGGUUGAAGCGGUGCCACGUUCUGCCCGGCAGCAGAGCCUCAGCAGUGCCCUGUCUGGGCAGAGCCUCUCUGGGGACUCCCUGGCAGCCACCAGUGACAGGGGCAGCUCCAUGGGUGUCCCUGUGGAGUGAUGGGGGCCUGAGGGGGAGAGUCUUGAUCCACACAUAGGCCCUAAUCCCAUCUGUGGCAGAACCAGUCCCCCUCUGCCAGCACGCCUAGCCCUGGGAGCCGGGCCCUGGGUGGGUGCCAGCUGCACCCAGCACUGCUGCACCCUGCGCUAGCCCUGUUCAACCCUUUCCCAGAGGCACCGCUAGGAAAUAAAGCUGCUUUCUGAGGGUCCCUCUGUCUCCUGUGGCAAGACUCCCCUGACAGUGCAGCCCCCUGGUGUGCACGACAGGCAUCGCAUCUGCACCUGUGUGCGGAAGAGGCCACGCAGGCACUGCAGGGGUUGCUGUGGCCUCUGCCCCGAGAGCAGGCUGCAGGGCUGGGGGCGGGCAGCAGCUCCAGUCUCUGGUGCUGAUCCCCACAGGGGCCCGUCCUGCAGUGAGGCCAGUGUGGAGGGACCACAGAGUAACACUCUGGGCUGCAGGUGGGGACCUGUUGCCAGACAGGUUGUGUAGUCUCAGGCACUGGGAUCCUCACUA